GGCCCCGCCUCCCGCUCGCCUAGUUCCGCCCGGCGGGGGAAGGCGCGGCGGAGGCUCGGGCUCCUUAUGGCUGCGCCGCUGCGGCCGGCUCCUCCUCCGGCCGCUGCCCUCCCUGCGUUGCCGGCCGGCGCUCCCUACACGCGGUGCCGGCGCGUCCCGCUCCGCGCCGUGACCCCGCCGCGAUGAGGUGCCACUACGAGGUGCUGGGCGUGAAGCGUGACGCCGCCGACGAGGACCUUAAGCGGGCGUACCGGCGGCUGGCGCUGCGCUGGCACCCGGAUAAAAAUCUAGAGAAUGCUGAAGAAGCAGCAGAACAGUUCAAGUUAAUCCAAGCAGCAUAUGAUGUUCUCAGUGACCCACAGGAAAGAGCCUGGUAUGAUAAUCAUAGGGAAGCUCUGCUGAAAGGAGGGGUUGAUGGAGACUAUCAAGAUGAUAGUUUAGAUCUGCUGCGCUACUUCACUGUUAGCUGUUACUCUGGAUUUGGAGAUGAUGAAAAGGGAUUCUUUACAGUCUAUCGACAAGUUUUUGAAAAGAUUGCAAAAGAAGAGAUGGAAUAUAUGACCCAGGAAGAUGCUGAAGAAUUUCCUACAUUUGGAUAUUCCCAAAGUGACUACGAUAAGGUAGUCCACCCCUUCUAUGCAUAUUGGCAGAGUUUCUGUACUCAGAAAAACUUUGCUUGGAAAGAAGAGUAUGACACACGGCAAGCAUCAAACCGCUGGGAGAAACGAGCUAUGGAAAAAGAAAACAAGAAAACAAGAGAGAAAGCAAGGAAGGAGAGGAAUGAGCUAGUCCGUCAACUAGUUGCCUUUAUUCGUAAAAGGGAUAAAAGAGUACAGGCUCAUAGAAAACUUGUAGAAGAACAAAAUGCAGAAAAAGCUAGGAAAGCAGAGGAAUUUCGGAGGCAGCAGAAGCUCAAACAAGCCAAGCUUGCUGAACAGUAUAAAGAACAGAGCUGGAUAACCAUGUCGGAUCUGGAGAGAGAAUUGCAAGAGAUGGAGGCACAAUAUGAAAAGGAAUUUGGAGAUGGAUCAGAUGAUGAAGAUGAAUUAGAAGAACAGGAGAUAAAAGAAGGAAUAGGAGUCCCCAUCUUUUCAGACAAGUUGAGUGAUGAGGCUGAAGAAGCAGAAUGUGUUGAUGAUCUCUACUGCCCUGCUUGUGACAAAUUGUUAAAAACUGAGAAAGCCAUGAAGAAUCAUGAAAAAUCAAAAAAGCAUCGAGAGAUGGUAGCACUAUUACGGCAGCAACUGGAAGAGGAGGAAGAAUUUUCUGUAUCUUUAGAUGAUGCAAAUGGAAUAAAUACCAAAGAGGAGGAAGAAACAGAAGAGACACCCAAACAGAAACUCUCUAAGAAGCAGAAGAAGAAACAGAAAACAAUGAUGACCUAUGAGGACUCUUCUGAUAAAAGUGCUGAUGAAGAACCAGUUAAACAAAAGGAGGCUCCCAGUACGGACAAGGACAGCGGCUCAGCAGAGGAGCUGGUAAAUGAUGGCCAAAGAUGUGCUGCAUCAGAGGAAACGGGUGCUACAGAAGAUGUCAGCCAAGUGAAUGAAACAAAAUGUGAAGUGAAAAGUACUAAGCCUAAAGGUAAAAAAGCCAAGGAUGCAAAAAAGUCUUCUAAGGCAUUUUCGGAGCACCCAACAAUGAGUGAAGUUCCCAUCCAUUGUGUAACCUGCAAUUGUGCAUUUCCAUCUCGGAAUAAACUGUUUGAACACCUAAAAGCCACAGGUCAUGCAAAAGCAACACAAGCACCAGCUGUAAAUGGAGCUAUACACACCAGAAACAAAAAAGAGAAACGUAAAAACAGAUAAAACUUUGUGUUACAGUGACAGUCUUCAGAAUCAUACAUGAAAACACUCUCAGACCUGAAAGGUGCAGACUUCCUGUAUUCUGAGUUAAAUGGAGAAGGCAACUUCCUUUUUAUUUUUUUUUCCUCUCCAAAAUUAGAAGAUGCAACAAAAGGAAUGUUAUCUUGUGAAGCAACACAUGCUUGCUUUUAUUUGUACCAGCCUUUCUUCAGGGGCUGAAUUGGAUCUACCAUCCCAGCGGCUUUCAAGUUGGGGUGGUGGGGGAGGAAACAGGUAAACCCAAAGCCAGUCACCUUGCAUACCUAUUGAAACUUGCAUGGAUAAAGUACCCAGUCAGAGGAAAUUAUUUUAACACUUGUUGCUAUUCUUUUUUUGAAAGUGCUUAGCUCAUGUUGAGUGUAGCAGACUGAUUUUUAAUUAAAGAAUGGACUGUGCUGCUUUGAUCAUCUAUCAAAAAUGAAACAUAAACAAGAAAUGGGAAAAAAAGGCUUUUCUGCUAUCCACAAGCAGAUCACCUUUCAAAUUACUUGAGAGAAAUAUUAGCAUGAUGAUAAAGUUGGUUAAUCAUAUUUUUGACACUCUCCACUGAUUUUUGUACAAGCAACUGCAGGAAGUUGAAAAAAAAUUUUGUGGAAGAAUGUUACUAGACUAAGUGAAGGGGGAAAUAAAUGAAUGACAACUGAAAUUUAGUGUAACUAUAUGCAAGGUGAUCUGCACGCCUGAAGAACAUCCCUAGGUGUGUAUAUACACAUAAUGGCCAACUCUAGGUCUCACCAUUUGGGGGGGAGGGGGGGAGCUAAUAGGUAUAGCUAGCUACUUGUGUUCUUUUUCUCUAAUUUCUAAUGAACAAAACCAGAACUAAAAUUGUACCUCUGUUUAAGUAUAUAGUCUUAUUAAAAGUUAAAAACAGCUGAUCCUGGAAUUAGAAAUAGUUUCACAAAACAAUCAUCAAUGCAGUUACAGAAAGCAGCACUCAGCUAGGAUAGGGGUUGUGGUACUUGGUUAGGAAGUCCCUAGAGUAAAACUUUCUAGAAGCAACCAUGUUUCUUUUAAAGAAGUUCCUCUUAAGUUUCAGCUCAUUAAACAAAAUGGCAGAAACUCCCCUGCAAAGUUAGCAUAGUGACUUUAUUGGCUUACAAAAUGAUGCAAACUUUACAAUUGUAAUCAAAGUGAAAUGACAGAUAUGCAGUUACCACUUUCAUUUUUUUUGGUGCCUGAAGGAAGUAAUGAACUAAAACUUUUUUUAAACAAAUAUGAUUUAUAUAAGAAACAAACAGUGCACCUUAUUUCAUCAGCCAUGCUUUAUGCCCUUGUUAAAUGGCUACUAGAUAAUCCCCAAAGCAGCAACUUAGUUGGGCAGGAGGAAAAGAAAAGCACUUGUUGGAGAGGGUGUUGAUAGGAUUAGAGCCCCAUGUUAAAAGUAAUUACAGUAAUUAGAAAAGUUUCUGUUUAUGUGCAUACAGAUUUUUCCUUGCUCUAAUUACAGUGUAUCCUUGCAGUAAAAGUAAACAAUUUUAACUUUGUUUGAAAUCUGCAGUUAUGUUCUGCUCAGGAUGGCUCACAUCCUGAGAUUGCCCCAUGAUGUGAGACUUCAUUUAUAUGAGAGUAAGCAAAGGGGGAAAGCUUACCCUGCAGUAUUACCUCUUGACUUUGAUUAGUUUGUUCUUUCUUAUUUAAGGAAGUUAAAAAAAAAAAAAAACUUAUAAUUCGUCUGUUUUACAAAUGUUUAUACUUUAGUCUAGACAACUGGAAAUGGUUGCUGUUGAGGUCUGUUAAAGCUAUUCACUAUGUGCUACUGAAAUCCAAAGAAAGUUUAUUAUGUAAGGACAGUUUUACUUUAUCUGUCACACUGUUUUCUAAAAAUUACUGCUGCCUAUAAACUUAAAGUUAAUUUAAA